CCGCGGCAUGAGUUUCGCCGCCAUUUUGCAUCAGACCUAUUGAAAAGAGUGAGAUAUCAGCAGACACGGCGGGAUCUGGCCACUCUAUCCUCUUUCAGUACAUUUCUCUCUGGAUUUAUCCCAACAUAAUCCAAGAUAUUAACUGACAGGUCCCGGAGACAUGGCCACGGAGCAUAUAAAUGGGAACGGUACGGAUGAGCCGGUGGAGUCGCCGGCUGCGGUGCCGGUGACCCACUCAGAGCACUUCCAGACGCUGCUGGACGCCGGCUUACCCAGGAAAGUGGCCGUCAAACUGGACGAGAUCUACAUCGCAGGGCUCGUGUCUCACAGCGAUCUCGACGACCGAGCGAUCGAAGCUCUGAAAGAGUUCAAUGAAGAAGGUGCGCUGCAAGUUCUCCUGCAGUUCAAAGACAGCGACCUGUCGCAUGUUCAGAAUAAAAGUGCGUUCCUCUGUGGCGUGAUGAAGACAUACAGGCAGAGGGAGAAACAGGGGACCAAAGUGUCAGACUCCACUAAAGGACCCGACGAGGCCAAAAUCAAGGCUUUGCUGGAGAGAACCGGCUACACGCUUGAUGUGACGACAGGCCAGCGCAAGUACGGGGGUCCUCCGCCCGGGUCGACCCAUGCCGGGGUCCAGCCCACCGUCGGCACCGAGAUUUUUGUGGGAAAGAUCCCGCGGGAUCUGUUUGAAGAUGAGCUGGUGCCCCUGUUCGAGAAAGCGGGGCCGAUCUGGGACCUGCGCCUGAUGAUGGACCCGCUCAGCGGCCUGAACCGCGGAUACGCCUUCGUCACCUUCUGCACUAAAGAGGCGGCGCAAGAAGCCGUCAAGCUAUGUAACAACAACGAAAUUCGCCCUGGUAAACACAUCGGCGUAUGCAUCUCCGUUGCCAAUAACCGUCUUUUUGUGGGAUCCAUCCCUAAGAGCAAAACUAAGGACCAGAUCGUGGAGGAGUUUGCCAAAGUUACUGAGGGCUUGAACGACGUCAUCUUAUACCACCAGCCCGAUGACAAGAAGAAGAACCGAGGCUUCUGCUUCCUGGAGUACGAGGACCAUAAGACGGCGGCCCAGGCGCGGCGCAGGCUAAUGAGCGGCAAAGUGAAGGUUUGGGGGAACGUGGUGACGGUGGAAUGGGCCGAUCCCAUAGAAGACCCCGAUCCCGAAGUCAUGGCCAAGGUCAAAGUCCUUUUUGUAAGAAACCUGGCAAGCACAGUAACGGAAGAGCAUCUCGAGAAGACGUUCUGUCAGUUCGGCAAACUGGAAAGGGUUAAAAAGCUUAAAGACUACGCCUUCAUCCACUUUGAGGAGAGAGACGGCGCUGUUAAGGCUCUUGCUGAAAUGCAUGGGAAGGAUUUGGAAGGGGAACAAAUUGAAAUCGUCUUUGCGAAGCCGCCUGAUCAGAAGAGGAAAGAGCGAAAGGCCCAGAGACAAGCUGCUAAAACUCAAAUGUAUGAUGAAUAUUAUUACUACGGCCCACCGCACAUGCAUGCCCCAACGAGAGUGAGAGGCCGAGGCGCUCGAGGUUAUUCGUAUCCUCAUGACUAUUACAGCUAUGAAGAUUAUUACGAUUACUAUGGCUAUGACUAUCACAACUACCGAGGCGGAUACGACGAUCCCUACUACGGCUACGAUGACUUUCAAGCUCACGUCAGAGGAAGAGGCAACAGAGGAUCCCGCGGCCCCACACUGUCCCGAGGCCGGGGCUCGAGCGCCCCCCGAGGACGGGCCGGCUUCUCCCCGCGCCCGGGCCUGGGCUCCAGCCGAGCCCGAGGGUCCCGAGGAGUCCAGCAGAGAUGUCGAGUGGGAAAGGGGGUCGAGGCUGGUCCUGACCAGGUAGUAUGAAGACUGACUUGUUGUAUGGGGUUACACCGGAUGCUACCAGUGUUCAUAAGGUUAAAGCAAACUCAAUGAUAUUCCAGCCUGUAUUGAAGCAUAUCUCCAGUACUGCCACUCCCAACAAAAAAUCCCCAACUUGCCGUUUUCACAUUCGGAGCCCGUCUA